CGCCAUAUGUCACAAAAAUUUUGUUACUUUCCGAAACCAUGUUCAAGUGCAGUAUUUCAGUUAUUUAGAAUCCCUUUCCUAAAGACAAUGGCCUCUCCACCUAGGCUUCCUCCAUUAUCACUCCCAGAAGUUCUCAGUCCACAAAAUGACUCGAGUGUCUUGAGCUCUGCACAAUCCACGCCCAAUUCCCAGGAGAACUAUGCUUCACCUGCCUAUCUUAAUCAAGUUCUCAACAGUCCAGAAGGAAUCAAUUGCUUUGGGAAUGAGAGAUUGUUGCUUCAAGAACAGGCAAGUUUCUGUAACAAUGAGAAACUGAGCGAUAUCACUUUGGUUGUUGGCGGACGGAAGUUUUGUGCUCACAAAAUAAUUCUUGUACGGGCAAGUGAUGUUUUUGAGAGAAUGUUGACUGGUGAUUGGACAGAGACUGAUAAAAAGGAACUGGAACUGAUAGAGGAACAGAUGUGUAUUGGUGUAUUUCCACGAUUUCUGAAGUUUUUGUACAGUUGCAACAUCAAGUUAAACCUAGAGAACUCACUGCCUGUCUUAGUACUGGCCGACAAGUACAAUGUAUCUGAUCUACAGAAUGUUUGUAUCAAUUUUGCCUGUGCUCACAUUAUACCGAAACUUCAGCUGAAGGAUGUAUUUUAUGUAUGGUUCCAAUAUGCUACAAAAUGUUACCAUAGACGUCUUGUGCAUUCAUGUAUUAAAGCAAUGGCAGAAAAGAUGGAUGAAAUUAUGGGAUCUAUUGAGUGGGAGAGAGAAUGGGUGAGUCUGGAGAAGGACCAACUGAUUGAGUUUUUAGACAGUUCUGAUCUCAAGGUCAAGGACGAGUUUGAACUGUGGAAUGCUGUGCUGAAAUGGUUAACAGCUACAUCUCCAACAAAGAGAGUUCAUCUUCUAGAAGAAAAUCUGAAAGAUAUCUUGCCGUUUAUAAGGUUCCCAAUGAUGACUGCAGAACAGAUUCAUGAGGUUGAAAACAGUGAGGUGGCAAAGCAGUACCCAAAUCAUUUACAUAAGUAUUUCAUGCUUGCAUACAAAUACCAUGCUCUCCCACUCUCAAUGAGAGGUUGUUUAAAAGAAUUUAAUGGUCAGAGUUUCCUUUUACGUAACUAUUGCGACCUAAGGUGGGACUGUAGAUUUGUGGUCUCAAAUUAUUCCACCUGUCUCAAAGGGGAAGAAAAGGGAAUUCGAUUUACUACAAGGUCAUCUUCCUACCCCUCUAAUACAUGGGACUGGGAGCUGAAAAUCUACCCUAAAGGGAUCUCAACUACUUCUGAAGACUUCAGAGUUGUACUGUAUUCCAAUCUUAUCUUAGAUCAACCCCGCCCAAUGGAGUACUUACUGUCUCUUGUCAGUCGGGAUGAAAUUCUCUAUUCUGUAAGCGGGAAGAAAAAUUUCUCAAAAACUCGCUACAUGAUUGAUACAGAGUUAGACAAGAAAGUUUCUCUAGCAGAGCUUUGUCAGCCUAACUCACCACUCCUUGUUGACAACUGUCUUAUUCUGCAAAUAGCUCUCAAACCUGCUGAAUAGAAUGUUGUCAUGGUAACAAGUCAGUGAACUCCAUGCUCUAACUUUAUGUAGCAUUUAGAUUGAUGGACAAAAUUAAUAUAACAGAUUUCUCUGUUAUGUGGGAAUACUUUUUCUUAUUGUUCAUUCAUCUGCCAGUACCUGUUAAUAAGUAGUUUUUUCAUUGCAUAGUCAAAUUUGUUUAUAAUAUUUAUAUUAUACUUAAAGGACAUUUCAUAUUUUGCAUUUUGUACUGAGACUGCCUCAUGACAGGUAUUGAUGUUAUAACUGGACCACUUCAAAACAAUCAUAUUUUAAAUGGACCACUUCAAGACAUUCAUAUUGUACUGGGACCACCUGGUAUUACAGAUAUUAAAUUGGGACCACUUCAGGACAUUCAUGUUGUACUGGGACCACCUCUUGAUGUCACAAUACAGUUUUUUCUGUGACUGUAAUUUAUUUUGUGAGUUUUUUUAUUGGCAAAUUACUUAAACAUUUUGGGCAACUUUUGAAAAUACUGAAGUGACAUUUGUUCUUUCUUACAUAUAAGUUUUAUCUAGGAAGUAGAGCUUAAUUUUGAGUGCUUUGUGGUAUAAUAUUUCACAGUAUGUAGUUCAGAUAUUCAGAAAUAUAAUCAUGAAGGCCAUAAGCCUGAAUGAUGAAUUUUAAACAUCUGACUAACAUACCUUAUACAACAAUGCUGCUCUCAAAAUUGAUUUACACAAAAGUUAUAAUAUGUAAGUGCCAAUGAAAGAGAUAAAUAAUUUUGUUGAGUUAUAAGAAAUUUCAGUUUGGUGAAAAAAUUGGAUGAAUUUAUUUACCAUUGCGCAAAUUUUUUGAGAACAACAAAAUUUACAUUCUAUAAUCGAAUUUUUGCUUAUGUAAAUGAAAUAAGAUAAGUCCUGAUAUCUGGGAACUUGGAACAAUCAAAGCAUGCACAUCAUAAUAUAAUUGCAUAUUGUACUGACAGGGAAUAAGAAUGACUGGUAUAUUGUGAAAAAAAUAAUGCAUUCUUAUAAAAAUCUCCAAUACUGAAUAGUGAAUAAAAAUCUCCAAUACUGAAUAGUGAUCACUUACUCAUAGUUCAUGCAGUCUUACAUACGAAAACACAUUUAAGUCCUCUUGUGCACAGAGCUCUGAUGUUUGGCAGUUGUAUUUCCUAGCAUACACCUACAAAUAUUUUGAAAAUUUGAUUGCUUGGAUAAAAAUGACAUCUUAUUGUGACCUUAUUAUUGACUUUUGCAUGGAAGAAUUAUGA